GCAGGGACUUUUGCAGUGCUGCCAUUUUGUCUGUGUGGUGAUAUGCUGUAAAAUUAUUUUCCUCUGAAAAAUCUGAUAAAUUAAUUUCAGCCAUCGUGUGGGUAGAAAUCAGGGUUGAUUUAAGUGUCAAACUCCCUUAGGAGUGAGCAGCAAUGUCAUUCCUCCAGACCUCAGCAUUGACUCACCAGCAGAAGGUGAAGAGCCUCUACAAGAGGGGGCUUCGACUCCUUGAGAUGUACCUCCACCACAGGCAUCAUUUCCGGUACAACGCUGUGCUGCUGAGAGCAGAGUUUGACCAGCACAAGAACGAGCGUGACAUGAUCAAGGUCAAAAAGCUGAUGGAGGAUGCUGAGUACCAGCUCUGGAGUAACCAGCACUACCAGCCCAAACAGUUCCCCGACUCACCGGGCGGCGUGGCGCACGGCCGCGUCGUGGUGCCUCCCGACUGGGUGCUCGACUACUGGCACCCGCUCGAGAAGGCCAUGUACCCCGAGUACUUCGCCAGGCGCGAGGAGCGCAAGGCCGAGUACGUCAAAUGGUGGAACUCACAGUACGGAGAGCCGGAGCCGGCCGGUGACAAGGCGCACUGAGCGGCCGCAGCGCCAUCCGACGGCAGGUCCCGGAACUGACGGUUCCGACUGUUGUCGGUAGAGAAAUUUGUCGGGAGAACGGCGUUGUGUGAUGUAUAAUGUGAAUAUGUCGCGCUGGCUGGGAGCAUUCUUGGCAGGAUACUGUGGGCGUUAGGAUCAUGCUUGUGAAUCGUUUCCAUUGAAGAUCUAUAAACGAUUUCACAAUCAUGCUGUGUCAAGAGGCAGACUGCUUCUGCUGAAGCAAUAUGUAAAUAAAUGGUCACGGAGGAUA